GAUCUGAAAGAGGGGUCCUCUGGGUUUGAGCUAAUGGGAAUGCACCGCCAUCGGCAGCAUCGUGUGGAUUUCAUGGAGUGGGCACCAGGUGCUCGGUAUUGUGCUCUGGUUGGUGAUUUUAAUCACUGGUCGGCAACUGAAAACGGUGCACGAGAAGGUCAUUUGGGACAUGAUGAUUUCGGGUAUUGGUCUGUCACACUUGAGGAUAAGCUCAGAGAAGGGCAAGAACCAGAUGAAUACUUUUUCCAGGAGUACAAUUAUGUGGAUGACUAUGAUAAAGGUGACAAGGGUGUUGAUGUUGAAGAUUUAAUCCGCAGAAUGAAUGAAGAGUAUUGGGAACCUGGAGAAAUUAAGUCACGCAGGUCUCAGUUGGAAAGAGUCGCGAAGUUAUACGAGGAGAUGUUUGGCCCCAAUAGUCCGCAGACAGAAGAGGAGCUGGGUGAAAUACCUGAUGCUCAAACCAGAUAUAACAACUGGAAAGCCACACAGAAGGAUGGGCCGUCCAGUUCGGCUCCUUCCUACGAUAUCAUUGAUACUGGGCAGGAGUUUGACAUUUUUAAUGUGGUAACUGACCGAGCAUCAUUUGAAAAGUUUCAAACAAAGGCACCUCCCCUUGCUUACUGGGUUGAAAUGAGGAAAGGAAGAAAAGCCUGGAUAGAGAAAUAUGUUCCAGCGAUUUCUCAUAAAGACAAGUACAGGGUUUAUUUUAAUACUCCUGAUGGUGCUUUAGAACGUGUGCCUGCUUGGGCAACUUAUGUUCUUCCAGAUGCGGAAGGGAUGCAAUCCUAUGCAGUACAUUGGGAGCCUCCUCCAGAAGAAAUUUACAAAUGGAGAUAUGGACGACCAAGAGUCAAAGGCUCACUUAGGAUUUAUGAAUGUCAUGUUGGAAUAAGUGGAUCCGAGCAGAAAAUAUCAUCGUUUCAGGAGUUCACAUCCGACGUCCUACCUCACAUAAAAGAUGCUGGAUAUAAUGCUGUUCAAAUAAUUGGAGUCGUGGAGCACAAGGAUUACUCCUCCGUUGGUUAUAAGGUCACAAACUAUUUUGCAGUCAGUAGCAGAUUUGGCACCCCGGAUGAUUUCAAAAAACUAGUGGACGAGGCACAUGGCCUUGGGUUACUGGUUCUUCUUGAUAUUGUCCACUCCUAUGCAUCGGCUGAAGAAAUGGUGGGCUUAUCUCUUUUUGAUGGCUCUAACGAUUGUUACUUCCACAGCGGGAAAAGAGGGCAACACAAGUACUGGGGCACCAGAAUGUUCAAAUAUGAUGAUGUUGAUGUUCUGCACUUCUUGUUGUCUAAUUUAAAUUGGUGGGUCACUGAAUACUGGAUUGAUGGAUUCCAGUUUCACUCACUCUCUUCUAUGUUAUAUACUCACAAUGGUUUUUCUACAUUUACUGGUGCCAUAGAAGAGUACUGUAAUCAAUAUGUUGACAAGGAUGCACUGAUAUAUCUAAUCCUAGCAAAUGAGAUGUUACAUGAACUCCAUCCAGAUAUUAUAACAAUAGCAGAGGAUGCAACAUAUUAUCCUGGGUUAUGUGAACCAACCACCCAAGGUGGUUUAGGAUUCGACUACUGGGCCAAUCUUUCUAUUCCAGAAAUGUGGUUGUGGCAUCUUGAAAAUGUUCCUGAGCGAGAAUGGAGCAUGAAUAAGAUUAUGAAAGUAUUGAUAAGCAGCAACCAUAAUAUGCUAUCUUAUGUUGAAAAUCAUAACCAGUCAAUAUCAGGGCGGAAGUCUUUUGCUGAGAUAAUUCUUAAUACAGGAAUGUGCUCUAGUGGUUCAGUAGAUGAUGAUUUGAUCUUCCGAGCUUCCUCAUUGCUCAAGAUAAUCAAAUUAAUUACGUUUACAACAAGUGGAGGUGCAUAUCUGAAUUUCAUGGGUAAUGAAUUUGCUCAUCCAAAGAGAGUUGAGUUUCCUAUGUCAAGCAAUGACUAUUCGUUCCAAUUAGCUUGUCGGAAGUGGGAACUACUGGACAAGGGUGUCCACAAACAUGUUUUCAGUUUUGACAAGGAUAUAAUGAGCUUGGAUGAAAAUGAAAGGAUAACAAAGAGAGGUUCACUCAAUGUUCAUCAGUGCGAUGAUACAAGCAUGGUGAUAUCUUUCACGAGGGGGCCUUUCCUUUUUGUAUUUAAUUUCAAUCCAGAAGUCUCCUAUGAACUACAUCGUGUUGGUGUAGAUGAAGCUGGGGAAUAUCAACUUAUCUUAAACACGGAUGAAACUAAAUAUGGUGGCCGUGGGGAGCUCAAUAGUAGUCAGUAUAUGAAGAAGACCAGUGACAAAAGAGUUGAUGGCUGUCGUAACUCCUUGGAAUUGGCAUUAUCAUCUAGAAGUGCUCAGGUAUACAAGUUGGUCCGAAUCUUAAGAAUUUAGGCUCGAACAAUAAUUACUGUGACAGACCAAGUAAUCCAUAUCCUCCGAAGAUGGGCUAUCAUCGCAAAUGUUUAUAGCAAGUUGGAAACACUGGUGACGAAAACGAGACUGGAGCACCAUACAAGUCGAUCUCCCCAGCACAGGGCAAGUUUGAUGAAAAAGCUUUGCCUGUACUGUGAACUCUGUCAGGGAGCAAGUUCUCACAAAUAAAGCAUGACACCUGAGCUACUGUACACAGCGACAUAUCCUGAUGCCUUGUCUAGAUUAUGAAAUCGUCUCCCUCCAGAUAUACAGGGGAACUCUCAUAGAUACAGCAUGGGUGUGCGGUCGCCCAAUUGAUGACGUACGGUUCAGAUCGAGAAUAGUGGAGCAAUGUAUUGGAUGUUUCCUUGUUAUGACAGUGGGUUAAUCUUAGCUACAAGGUCCACACCCCGUCGAUCAGCAAAUUGGGCAGAUCUGCAGCAACUGUUGUUGACUUAGCUAAUAAUUAACUAGUUAGAAUAAUCCUUGUGCAAGACAAGAUGAUUGCUGUUAUGAUGUGAAGAUCAAGUACGCAAUAAUAGGUUCGACAUCUGCAGAAGAGACAAAAGCGGCAACAGCCUCUUAGAUCAGACAAGUGUGAACUGACAGUGUAUUGUUCUUUUUUUUAACAGGGAUACUGUCAGUGUAUUGUAGCCACUGCCAAUUGCCAUUAGAUUUGGCACUUAGAGGUAUCAUAUGUUGCAGGCUCAAGUGUGUUUUUGCAGUGAAGUAGUCUAAUGUGUAGUGCCUUGGGAUUUACAGUAGCACGACAUGCCUUUCUUCGUCUUCAAAAAGCUUGGUCGCAAGCAGGUUUAAUUGA